GACAUUACUAAAAAGUGGAUUUCUUGGGAAAUUUUAUUACAUUUCUUGUGUUAACAUUAAGGAUGUACCAACGCAGGAAAAUCCAGACAUGUUAAACAGCAAAACUUAGCCAAGCCAUUUUAUUUUAGAAAAUGGAUGAAAGAACGCCGCUUCUUAAUAAUCACCCUCAGUUUAGCAUCAGUACCAUUAACCAUCGAAGGACUCGUGGCGAAAACGACUUUCAAACACCAGUUAGACCAGUAUCACAUUCAGGUAAAGUCAAUACAGCACCCCAGGACGAUAACAAUGCUGAAGUCAUUAACAGUGAAACCUUCAAUAACAUUAGAAGAGACGUAGAAGGACACCAUGCAGUACAACCAAAAAAUGUUCACAUUGAACAAGGGCACAUUUUGAAAGUUGGAUUCCAGAGCUUAGACUAUGAAAUUUCAGAUAAUCAAAUCUAUCAAAAUGAAGAAAAAGAGAAGAGCUUUAAACGAUGGAAACUUUAUUGGAGAGGUGUAAAACGCUGGAUCAUUUGUUUUCUCAUUGGUGUCUUCACUGGUCUAACAGCUGGUUUUAUUGAUUUUGGUGUUGAGAAAAUUUCUGAAGUCAAAUUUCAAACUGUUAAAAUUUGGGUUGAUAAAUGUGUUUUAGACAACUGUAUGUAUCUUCCACAAAUACUUUGGUUUCUAAUCAACAUGGGCUUAGUUUUGGUUGGAUCAUUUCUUACCACAUAUUUUGAGCCUGUGUCUGCUGGCAGUGGUAUACCACAGAUUAAAUGUUACCUCAAUGGUGUCAUUGUACCCCAUGUUGUACGCUUUAAAACACUUGUCAUCAAGGUCAUUGGUGUCUUGUCUGCUGUGGCAGGAGGGCUUGCUGUAGGAAAGGAAGGUCCAAUGAUUCACUCAGGAGCAGUCAUUGCUGCUGGAAUAUCACAAGGCAGGACCACAUCUUUGGGCUGGGAUUUUAAGAUCUUUCAGGAAUUCAGAAGUGACACAGAAAAAAGGGACUUUGUUUCUGCUGGUGCUGCAGCUGGUGUUGCUGCAGCUUUUGGAGCACCUGUGGGUGGUGUGCUGUUCAGUUUAGAAGAGGGAGCCUCUUUCUGGAAUCAGUCACUUGUCUGGAGAAUCUUUUUUGCCUCCAUAAUAUCAACAAUGACUUUGAACAUUGUUCAAGGGCUAAUCAAAGGUCACCCAAUGGAUUUCUCCUAUCCUGGUCUCAUCAACUUUGGUACAUUUGAUGAUGUACGUUACGAGUUUUAUGAGCUGUUUAUUGUGAUAUGUUUAGGAGCUAUAGGAGGAUUGUUGGGUGCACUGUUCAAUCAUAUCAACUUGAAGCUCACAGUUUUUAGAAUGAAGUAUGUCCAGAGGAAAUGGCAGAAAGUGUUGGAGACAAUGAUGGUGGCUAUGUACACAGCAGCAUUUGCUUACAUUAUUAUAUUUUACAAAAAUGAUUGCAAACCAAUAGAGAAUGAUGCAGAAACAACUUUGGUGCAGUUUUUCUGUCAAGAUGGUCAGUACAGUUCUACCGCUAGACUUUUCUUUGACACGCCUGAGGCAACAGUCAAACAUUUGUUUCAUAAUGUACCUGGCACGUACCAGGUUGUAACAUUGACAAUAUUUGCCAGUGGUUACUUUCUUUUAGCCUGCUGGACUUAUGGACUUAGUAUACCCAGUGGGCUCUUUAUACCUAGUCUUUUGAUUGGUGCAGCCUGGGGUAGAAUAGCAGGCAUCUUGUUGUCAGGCUUGCCUGGUCUAGAGAAAGUGAAUUUAUCUUUCUAUUCCCUUGUUGGAGCCUCGUCAAUGCUUGGUGGCAUUGUUAGGAUGACUAUAAGUUUGACUGUUAUUAUAAUGGAGGCAACAUCUAAUGUUCCGUUGGGAUUUCCAGUCAUGCUUUCUCUCAUUGUGGCCAAAUGGGUUGGUGAUCAGUUUAAUGAGGGUAUCUAUGACUUGCAUAUACAUUUACAAGGUGUGCCUAUACUAGGAUGGGAACCUUUGCCUUUAUCUUCUAAUCUUAGUGCCAAAACUGUGAUGAGUCAUCCAGUGAUAGUGUUCCGAAUGAAAGAGCCUGUGGAAAGAAUUGUCAAAAUUCUUAAAGAGGAGGAACAUAAUGGGUUUCCAGUUGUUGAAGACUAUGAUCCUGAUCAUCCUGAGAUGGUUGAUGGCUGCCAAACAUUUGGUACAUUUAAAGGUUUAAUUCUUCGAAGUCACUUGAUUACAAUGUUGAAAAAGAAGCUGUUUCUUGAAAAUCCUGAAAUCAACAAAAUUGUCAACAAUUUAAAAAUGUCAGAGUUCAAUGAAUCUUACCCAAGAUACACAGGAAUACAGAGAAUCAGUAUAUCUCCAGAAGAGAAACAUUAUACAAUGGAUCUUGCUCCCUUCAUCAACCAAUCUCAUUUUGUUGUAUUAGAGACUGCCUCCUAUUCAAGUAUAUUCAGAAAGUUUCGUUCUCUGGGUCUGCGACACAUGGUUGUCAUUAAUUUUAGAAAUCAAGUGAUUGGAAUUGUGACUCGCAAGGACUUGGCACGUUUUAUGACAGAAUGUAAGAAUGGAGAGAUAAGCAUCCAGGAGAUACCCAUAAUUCAUUAAACCAUCCGUCAUUAGACUGUUUUUCUUUACCUUUUUGUUUUUAUUCUCAACUUUUCUCUCAGUAAAAAAAAAUAAUUUCUUAAGAAUAUCAGAAAAGAUUCGCACAACAUCUUUCUCAAAGUUCCCAGCAUUAUUUAUUUAAAGUAAAGUUCAGUUUAGAAAAAUUUUUUAGGACCAUCCAACAUUUGUCUGAAAAGUAUCAAAUGUAUAGUAGUGAAGUAUUGUACAAUUGAGAAAACAAAAGGAUCUUACUAAUGUAGCUUGAUGUUACAAUUAUGUGUUUAGUUAUCUGGCUCAAACAUCUAGUGUUGAAUUCUUUCUUUUACACUUUUACUUCAAGUCCAAUUAUAUUUUUGUUCUUUGUAUAGUGUAGGAUACUUGUAUGUUUGAAUAUUUUUGGUAAUUUUUUUUUUUUUUUUGCAUAUUCAUAUUAUUUAUUUAUUUUAAAUUUUAAACAAAAUAUUUCCUGGACUCAGUGAAGUUAUUUUGUGAACCUACAAAAAUCAAUGAUUUUGAAAAUCUGUGUAAUCAAAUUAAUGUAUUUUUUUUCUUAUUAUGACAGUAAAAACACAAAAAUGCAACUUUCUGUGAUCACUUUCUCAAAAAAAAGUAUUAUAGCUUUUUUCUUUACAUGAGAAAAUCUGUAAAAAAUAGAUAUAUGCUGUUGUAUAUAUACAUUAUUUUGAAAUCUUAGACCUGUGCUUGUAAAUAACCAGAAAUAGCACAGAUCUCUAGUCUUCUGUAUCUAUGUACACUAGCUUAGCAAUGUUGUUCAUGCUGCUGUUAGCUAUUCCAUUUAUUACAUUGUAAUUACAGACUACUAAUAAAGGGCUGACGCUUGGCUUAUUAUCCAACUUAUUUUCUUGACAACUAUUUACCCUAUGGGACUCGUAUAUCAUGAGAUCAAGUCAUCCACACUGUAUCAAUGGACCUCAUUCACCAAUCGUAAACAAACAUUUAGCCACGUGGUGCUCUAUAUCUUUUAUAUAAUUUACGAUCUCAUGUUUAAUUCAUGAUGGUUGACAGUUUUUUCCAUUGUUUUAUCAAUAAGAUCACAUGACUAAAUGUUGUUUGUUUACGAUUGGUGAAUGAGGUCCAUUAUUGAGGAUCUAAAUGGUAUACAUCUCAUUUAGGGUACAUAAAUUUUGUAGUAUUUUCAUAUCAUUGAGACAAGACAUACACAUUCAAGAUAUAUGUAUAUAAUACUCAAUUAUAAUUUGAGUUAUGAAUGUAUAUAAUAUUUCUCUUUAUGUGUGUUUGUUUUAUAUUUUUACCAUUUGAUUACUUUUAGAAAUAGAAUCAAGGGAUAUAUUAUUUUUUGUUUCAGAUUUUUACCAUUUUUUUUUUACAUUUUUGUUUUAUAAAUUGUGUAAAGACCAUUCCAUCCCUGUUGGGUUAUUUGAACAAUGUUCUAGUCAGCCCAAAGUUUUAGACAUUUCUUGGUGUUUUUAUUAUUACACAAGCAAUUUUAAUGGCAUUACUGAUGUACUGCCUCCUGUGUUCCAGAUGGCUCCAUUGCAAAACAAUUUUUAACAUCAAUAUGUAUAAGAAUAAUAUUUCAAGCGUAUUUCACAUUAAUUUCCUUUCACACUUUUAACCUUAUUCUCUUCCCCAUUAUAACUUUCAAUAUUUGAGAGUACAUUGCAGAAACAAAUAAUUAUUUUAAUCCUAACCUCACAUUUUUUAUGUUCAUCUUGUAUGUAGUGUCAUAUUAAAUACCUAUAACAAAAAAUCAUUCAUGUUCUGGUGAAACAAACAAAAAGUUUUGUAACAAAUGUUUCCAUCUGCUGAUCCAAACUCUGCCUUGUGAAAUAAAAAUAAAUAAAAAACAG